UGUCAUCAAAACAACACAAAUUGAAGUCUGGGAAUUAUAUUGUGAUCAAAAUUGUCUAAAAACUUGAAAAUGUGAGCAGGGUUUAGAUAUUAAAUAACUAGAGACUGCUCAGAUAAUUAAAUAAACGCUAAUCUAAGCUAUGUUAUAAUGACUGUGAUCACUCCAGAGAAUGCAAUGUCAUAACAUUUCAUUCUGCUUUCUAGGAAAGAAGAUAAAAUUGUCUAAGAAAGAAGAUAAAGGUCUAAAACACGUGACAACUUGCCCCAACCUGACAUUUAAGAAAAAAAAAUAUAUGCUUGUCCUGAGAACACAGUUCUACCUUUUCGAGUUCACAAAUAUGAUUCUAAAUUAAGAGAUUGUUUAAAAAAAAAAAAAAAAAAAAACAAUAAUAAAAAACCGUGUUAGAGAAAACGCACAACUUUUGACAGAGAAAUAACAGUGCCGUUAAGAAAGAUUGCGAAACGUGUGUUCUGGACAUCCUCAAAUGCUCUCGUACAGAAUGAGCCACGCCUACUUUGGAUCACGUAUAAGAAGCGCUAAAAAAAAACUAAAACAGCCUACAACUUCUUUUCUCUAUAAUUGAACGAUGGCCAACAAUAAUGCGAAUAUACUGUACAGUCGAAAUGAUGACAAAAUAGCCUGCGCGACAGAAAAUGACGACGAUGAGCAGAAAACCCCAGGCAUCCCUUUGUCCAGAAAGCUGUGUUAUGCCGUUGGAGGAAUGCCUUAUCAAAUGACUGCAACCGCCAAGGGCUUUUUCAUGCAGAUCUUUUUACUGGACGUUGUGAAGAUGGAAGCUUUCUCUGCAUCCAUCAUCCUCUUCCUUGGUCGAGCUUGGGAUGGCAUUACGGAUCCUCUGAUUGGUUAUGCUGUGAGCAAGAGUGGACGGACCAGAAUUGGCAAACUUAUUCCUUGGAUUGUUUUCACAAUGCCACUUGGGGUCCUAUCGUAUGUCAUGCUCUGGUAUACCCCACAGGACACCAUGUCCUCUUCCUUCAGUUUCAGCUGGUACUUCAUAUGGUGCUGUCUGUUUGACACCUUCAUGAGUUGCUACCAUGUGCCGUAUUCUUCCCUAAACAUGUUUCUGGGGGGGAAUGAGAAGGAUCGAGACUCAGCCACUGGUUACAGGAUGGGCAUGGAAAUGUUCGCUACACUGGCGGGGGCCGCCAUUCAGGGUCAGAUUGUGGGAGUGCACCAUGCCAAAAAAACACGCGACUGCAGCUUACAGAAUGACACGGUUGAGCCUUCUGGGAACCACACAGAUGAAAUAUCUGUCACUCUACAAAACACAAGAACAGCCUAUUUGACUGGUGCACUAGUAUUAGGAAUUCUGUACUUCCUGUGCUGCCUCGUGCUUUUUCUUGGAGUAAAGGAACAGUUGGCACCUCUGAGUAAACUGGACCGCAUAAAUAUCUCCUAUCUUACUGGUAUAAAGAUGAUGUUGGGACACACUCCAUAUGUGCGGCUUGUAUUUGGCUUCCUCUUUGCUUCACUAGCAUUCCAGAUGGCUCAGGGAAAUUUCGCCCUCUUCUGUACUCAUGCAGCAAAUAUGGGACAAUAUUUCCAGCAUCUUGUUCUCAUAUUAUUGACAGCAGCCACAAUAUCCAUCCCAGUGUGGCAGACGUUAUUGGUCAAAAUAGGCAAGAAGACUACUAUAUUCAUUGGCCUUUUAAUGUAUAUACCAGCUCUAAUUGUGAUAUCCCUAGUGAAAAGUAAUUUACCUGUCUUCAUUAUUAUGUCCAUGUUAGCUGGCACAAGUCUGGCAUCCCUCUUUUUACUCCCUUGGUAAUGUAACCCUUAUAAAAUAUCUCUUCUUCAUUGCUAAAGCCCUUAAUUGCAUCAACACAUACUCCACACCAUCAAAUGAGCUCUAUUGCAUUAUUGAAACAUUACGCUAACUCAGAUAGUGGUCAGCUGGGAAUUGUAUGUAAUGCUUGGCAGUCUUUUCAGAAUGACGUUAUACUGAAACUGGACCCCCAUGACUAGGAAAACAUAUCCUCCUAUGCUGUAAUGCACAUAGUCAAGAUAGAAAGUAAGAUAGUAAGUCAGUAAGAGUUUUUUUUUUUUUUUUUAAAGCUACAGUUCAUAACUUUAUUUGGUUAAAUAAUGAUCCAAAAUCAAUUUUUGAGCAAGUACAUAACCAGCCAGUGUUCAGUCUCCUUACCUUAGCCCGAUUCACAACGGUAAGCUUGUAGUAAUGUUUUAUAAUUUGAGUGGUACUGGUAGUUUUCCGCGGGAAAUACGAGUUUGCCUUUACGUCAUUAUGUCACAUCUGUAUAAAGGAGUCCCGGACACUGCAGGUGGCGGAUCCAGAAACAAUCAUCAGUGACAACUGGAGAUUCACCCGUAGUCAAAAGCAGAAGACUUCAGACGCUAAUACACACUAAAUACACAGUCACGCAAUGUUGAUGUUAUUAACAUUAACAAUUUAAGAACAAAGUAUAACAAUAAUAAUAAUUUGGCACGGUUUGAUGUGAUGUGAACUAAGCGAUCGUUGGAUUUAAUCAGCAUUGGUAGCGCGAUUUAUUGUAAUGCUGUUUUUUCAGUUGGUCAGAAAAGAAAAUUCUUAGUUUGGUCAUACUUCCGAGAUGUAGUAUCUGUAAUUCCGAAGUACAGUAUCCACACCGGUGCGGUGAAUGACUGCAAACAUUAGAUUCAUCCGCGCUGAAGAGCCAUGGCAAUGCACAACCCACGUAAAUAAUAAUUCCGCAAAUAACUGUAAUUGCAGGUUUCAAACAGAGAUGGCGACAAAGAGGAAAAACUUACGGACUGCAGCUUUAAAAGAAAUGAAUACUUUUAAUCAUCAGGGAUACAUUAAAUUGAUCAAAAGUGACAGUAUCGACUUUUACAUGCUUGCAAAAGGUUUCUAUUUCAAAUAAAUGCUUUACUUUUGAACUUUCUAUUAAUUAAAAAUGUUUCAUGGUUUCCACAAAAAUAUGUCCACAACUGUUUUCAAUAUUGAUAAUAAUAAGAAAUGUUUCUUGAGCAACAACAUGUAUGUUAGAAUGAUUUCUGAAGGAUCAUGUGACACCGAAAACAAGUAUUUAUGGUCAAAUUAUGUAUAUGGAACAUGCCAUAGGCCUACUAUAAAACCAGAUUAAUUAUUUAUUUUAGGUCAAUGUUGCCAGAUGUAGUAGAUGACUUCAAAGUCAAGAACCCAUCUUGCCAGGAUAUAGAACCACUAUUCUACUCCUGUUAUGUUUUCUUCAACAAAUUCGGUGGAGGCAUGUCUGUUGGAAUCUCUACU